AUGCCGCUGAAUCCGAGGUUCUUCGAGAUGGGCGCCAAGACGUGGCGAGAUCCUCUCACGCAUCAGAAGUGGGUGGAGGAGGAGAAGUCGAGACUCGAAGCGGCGAAGAAGAAGGCUGCUGAGGAGAAGCUGGCGAAGGAAGUCGAGAACGCCUCGAGCAAGCUCGCGCAAAAGAAGAUUGUUGAGAAGGGCAGACUGGUCGACGAGCAAAAGAAGGACGAGUCCCUCGCACAACUCAAAGCAGACGUCGCUCGGCUCGAAGCGAAGCAGGCGGGAAAGGUGGAGGACCCGCUGAAGGAGAUUCUCGAGUACGACAAGAAUCGCGUCGUGAGACAAGCGGAAGAGCGUGAAAAGGAGCUCGACAAGGAGGUCAAGCUGACGGCAGCCGAGAUGCUGAAGCUUCGCGAGAAGGAGCUCGAGGAGAAGAAGAAGAAGCAGGAGAAAGAGCUGGCGGAUCUAGCUGAUCGGAGACGACGCGAGCUGCUUGAGUACAAGCACGCCCUCGGGCUCUCGCACGACCAUCCCCGCCUGCCUCAGCGUCCGCCGCUUAUCUCGCGUCGUCCCCUUUCGCUGCAUGACGAUCCGGAGUUCUGGAAGCUGGAAGACUCGGCUCGCCACCGCCUCGAGCUGAUGCACCCAGAUGAGCGAUUACAGUACGGUUUCGGCCCGUACGAGGAGGACGAAGUCGAGCGAGAGCUGGCUCUUCGCGCAGGCUCGGACGGACUGACGGGCGCCCAAGGCAACAGCACGCUUGACGAGCGCCAGCUAGCUCUGAAGAUGAAGGAAUUCAUCUGCACGGAGGAAACGCACGUCGCCGGCGUGACGAAGACUUUCGAGCCAAUCUCACACGCCGUCCCGCUCGACCUUCCCGACCUCGCCACUCUGCCUCCGCAAGAUCAGCAACAAGCAGAACUCAUCAUCCAGCAAGAAGCGCAGCUCCUGCAGGACGACCUUGUACGCUUCGCCAUCGAGCAAUACGGAGCGAACGCUUUGCUCGGCUUGCGAAUUUACGGCCCACUGCCAGUCGAAUAUCCCGCUCUCCUGCAAGAAGGCUACGUGUACGAAGUCCGCGCCGAGGGCGUUCCAGCUCUCAUCUCGAAGGCCCAGCCACCACUUCGCAGCCGUUACAGCGGUCGUCCUUCCCAGUCGAAGAAAGCGGUUGGACCUACCUCCCGCGGACGGUACUCGCACUUUGGUGGAACGGGCGGCGCCCACUUCGACUCGCCCUUGUUCGGCUUGGAAGACGACUUUCUCGCUGGACUUGGUCACGAGGCGUAUGGCGCGGGCGGAGCACACGCUGGAGGAAUCAGCGGCACGGCUGCCGCCGGACGAGGCGCGGCAGCCUCCAGUUGGAAGCGUCCAGCAGCAGGUCGGGGCGGAGGGGCAGGUCUCUUCGGCCGAGGCGACGACUUUGCCCUCUUCGACGACCCGCUCGCUAGGCAGUCUCGCUUCGCUACGACCGCAGCACAACCCGUCGUCCCCCCGUAUCUCGAGAACCUUCCGUGGGCGGCUCAGCAGUAUGUCAAGCGCAUGCGAGCGUUGCAGGAGCAGGAAGAGGUGGCAGCGUUGGCUCAAGCGGCAGCGAACCCCCGUCUCCCUCAUCUUGCCACUCUGCACCAUCAGCAGACAGCCCUCCCCCUCCAUCACACCGCACGACCGCCCAUGGCUGGCUCCUCUCCCGCUCCUCAGCCUCCAGCCGCGGCGAAUCUUGCGCAUACGCGAGCCAACCCUACCGCACACCCGCUUCCAAUGCAAGCCGCUCAGACUGCCCUACCGACUCAGCCCGCACAACACGAUGCCGGAGGAGGCGGAGUCUUCCGACUCGCAGGCGGCCUGCUCGACCGACUUCGCGGCAAGGAGGCGGCACCGCAAGCGACGACAGACCCAGACCACGGCGCAGGCGGUCCGCUGCUCGGUCAGGAUGGAGUGACGUCCGCAGCAGCACCGCUGGCGCAGCCGUUGCCGCAAGCUCAGCCUCAGCGGGUCGUGCCGUCGAAGGAGAACGGUUGGAGGGGCGCGCAGCCCUGGUAG